ACAUAUAAUUAUUCACAAUGUAGUUAUUACUCUCUUUAAGGCUAACUUAUUUAUUUAAUUCUCACUUUUCCACUUCUAUAAAGUACUAAUCUGCAUAUAUACACGACAGUUAUUCUCUACUAUGAGCCUUGUUUUACAAUUUUGUUGUCUCUUCUAACUUCAUUUAUCUGAUUACCUAUAUAUAUAAUUUAUUUGCCUAUUUUGUGAAUUUUAAGUAGUUCAUACCUCGAAAUAACCACGAUGGGGAGAAUAUUAAUGCAGUAUAUAUCAACGAACAAGGAUUCCAUUAUUGCUAGUUCAAUUGAUUCUGAUAUAAAUGAUUUCAAGGUUACAGCGACAAAGCUCUUGUACAAUGCAACUAUGCUUGGAGGAGUUGGGUCUAGCACUUCUUUUCUUAAAGGACUUGCCUCCUUUGCAGCCAUUUAUUUACUGAUACUUGAUCGCACAAACUGGAGGACCAAUAUGCUCACUUCAUUAUUAGUGCCUUACAUAUUCUUCAGUCUACCUGGGUCAAUAUUCCACUUUUUUAGAGGAGAAAUUGGAAAAUGGAUUGCUUCCAUAGCAGUGGUGCUGAGACUCUUUUUUCCAAGACACUUUCCCGAUUGGCUAGAACUACCUGGAUCAAUGAUCCUUCUUUUGGUGGUGGCCCCUGACUUCUUUGCUAUCAAGAUGAGGAACAACUGGGUUGGGUUGGCUAUUGAUCUUGCUGUUGGUUGUUACCUACUGCAAGAACAUAUUAGAGCUUCUGGUGGAUUCAGGAAUUCUUUCACACAAAAACAUGGAAUAUCAAAUACUCUUGGAAUCCUCCUACUCUUAGUCUACCCUACAUGGGCUUUAGUUAUCCUUUGAGUAUGAAAGGAUUAUUGUAAUACUUACACUAGGUAGCGAUGAUUUCUCAUCUAUUAGUAAAAA